AUGAUUUCGCACCUCAGGAGCUGGGAUGGGAAGGUGCUCGGGUCAUCCGCCAUCUAUAAAAGGAGCCCUCGGACCUCAGUUCUUACCAAAAUUCUCGUCAUGUUCGUCAGCUCCUCGCGACUCGUCGGCCAGCUCAGCGAGCAGAUCAUCUUCGCCGAGCUGCAGCAGCAGUUGGACGCCGCCGAGCAGAAGAGGCAGCUGCAGCGGGAAUGGCUGGAUCGCCUCUGGGGCCUUUAUUCCUCCUGCCAUGAGGUCCUGGCCGAGUUUCGACGACUCGUUUUCCAGGUACUUUUUUCUGAAUUUGGAUUUUUCUUCAUUGUUUCAAGUUGUUGGCUUGAGUUUGACUUGAUCUAACAGCUAGCUUCCAAGCCCUUUCUUUCAAAAAUUUUCACCUUUUUCAUAAAAAUCCUUUUUUUAAGUUCUCAGCUUUCCGACUAAUGAGAAAGGUAGUUAAGAGCGAUGUUUAGAGUUUUUAUUUUUUAUUUUGAUUUUUAAAAUUUUAACCAAACAGAAAUGGUCUUUUUAGCGUGUUAUUUUGAGUUUUUACCCUAACUUUGUUUAUUAUUUUCGCCUUUUUACAAAAAAUUGUUUUAUUUUUUUAUUUUUUUGCAGUUCGUACAGCUGGUCGUCGUCCCUGCCGGACUUCCCGUAUCGUCGGAAGUCAUCAACUGCUUAAAGGUAAAUUUUGAAUAUUCAUUUUUCUUCCAGUACCGUUUCUAGUUACAAAAAAAUUACAACUGACAGUUCAAAAAGUUUUUUUCGGAUAAAGUCUUGAAAAAAACUCCAAAAAAGCAAAUUUUCAAACUCUUAACAGUUUUAAAAGUUCUGGCUAUAAAAAGAUCCCAAAUUUUAACAUUUUUUUGAGUUUUUUCCGUACAAAAACGAGACAGUUGAACAGACUUAAACUUUUCUUCAUUUUUGAGAUUUUCGACUUGAAAAAAGAGCCUUACUUACAGCAUAUUAAAAACUUUUAACUUUGAAAAAGAGCCUAUUUUGUGAAAAUUCUGAAAUUUUCGGCUUCAAAAAACAGCCUGAUAGAAAGAUGAAUUCAAAUUUUAACCGUUUUGAGGCUCCUGAUUUCGAAAAAGAGCCUAAAUUUGUUCAGUUAUCAAGCUUUAAACUACAAAAAUUAGCCUAUCGAGGAGAUUUUUCAAGUUUUCCACAUUUUUGAGGCACCCGACUUCGAAAAAGGGCCUAAUUUUCCUCAGUUUCAAACUUUUGACUCGAAAAAAAUCACACCUUUCAACAAUUUUGAGACUUUCUACGUCAAAAAAACGCUUUUUUCCCUGUCUCAAACUCACCUUUCACGUUCCAGGACCUGACGAAAUGCGUCCAGAAGAAGCUGGACCUCUGCAACCGGCUUCUGGAGCACGAGGCGACCGAAUUGAGCCGCCUUUUCUCCAAAUUCGGCAGCGCCUUCAUUCUGGACGCCCAGAAGAACUGCCAUUUGAUUGGCCUGGAAAGCUCGCAGCUUUCCAAGGAACUCGAGGAUUUCGCAGAGCUUUGCGUGAGUUUAAAAUUCCAAAAAAGAAGAAGUAUAAUUCUUAAAAUUCAGAAUACUGGAACGAUAAUGGCGACUUCAAUGGAUCUGCUCAAAAAUCGGGUCGCCGACUUCCGAACCGCCACUUUUUUGGCCCCGUCUUGGGAGAAACUCUACGCGGCUGUCAAGUUCUAA